AUGGAGCUGCAGUUGCAACGCAAGCAAGGUACGGCAGCUGCGGGCGCACACGCACAGCAGCGGGACGGUACAGCUGGAACCGGAUCGGGCAGUGCGAGUAGCGGCUCCGGUGGUGCAAUCAGCAAGAACGACAGCUACGACAGCUCGCACAGCAGCAGCAACACGGAGGAUACAACCGAAACAGAUGAUCGACGAAGGAAGAUGAUGAAGAACCGUGCCAGGAACAAUAGACUCAUGCAGCAGCAACAGCAUCAAGCGCAGCAAAACACAACGGACAGUGCAAAGGUUGCGGCAGGAAAGAAGCUGGCCGAAAACGAACGCAUCACAUUGAUUGUGGACAACACGACUUUUUCGGUGAAUGUAUCGAUGCUAACGGCCCAGCCAGAAACCAUGCUCGGUCGAAUGUUCAGCACAGGGUUUGAAUUUACCCAUCCGAACGAGCGGGGUGAGUACGAAGUGGCCGAAGGCAUUUCGCGCACCGUGUUCCGGGCCAUCCUGGAAUACUAUCUGUCCGGGGUGGUUCGCUGUCCACCCACCGUUUCCGUACAGGAGCUGCGGGAGGCGUGCGACUAUCUGCUCAUCCCGUUCAACGCUAACACAAUCCGCUGCCAGAAUCUGCGCGGUCUGCUGCACGAACUGUCCAACGAGGGCGCGAGCAUCCAGUUCGAGGCGUUCCUGGAGCAGCUGAUCCUUCCGUUGAUGGUGGACGCCGCACGGCAAGGUCAUCGCGAAUGUCACAUUGUGGUCCUGUCCGAGGAUGACAUUAUCGAUUGGGACGCCGAGUACCCGCCGCAGAUGGGCGAGGAAGACUGCCAAACGGUCGCAAACACGGCCAUGUAUCGGUUCUUUAAGUACAUCGAAAACCGUGACGUCGCCAAACAGGUGCUGAAAGAUCGGGGGCUGAAAAAAAUUCGACUUGGAAUCGAGGGCUACCCGACGUACAAGGAAAAGAUCAAGCGCCGCCCUAGCGGUCGUAUGGAGGUGAUCUACAACUACUUGCAGCGGCCCUUUAUCCAUAUGUCGUGGGAAAAGGAGGAAGCAAAGAGUCGUCACGUAGACUUCCAGUGCGUUAAAUCCAAAUCGGUUACCAAUCUAGCGGAAGCAACCGCUGAUCCAGCGCUAGAGCUUGAUUCGGCCGGGAAUCCGCUUCCUCAGCGGCACUUUGAAAUAUCGCACGAACCAGAAGCAGAACCGUUUCUGCGGCCCGACGCACUUCUCGACGGCGAGGAAGGUGCCGUCGGAGGUCUGCCCAAUGGGGACGACAUUGGCCUACUUGGACCAGAGGAAGCGCAGUAG